AUGUCUGAGGAAAUCUCCAAGAACUUCGAGACGCUGCAAUUGCACGCAGGCCAGGAGCCUGACCCGGCGACCAAGUCCCGCGCCGUGCCAAUCUACGCCACGACCUCAUAUGUUUUCAAUGACUCCGCCCACGGCGCAAGACUGUUCGGUCUCAAGGAGUUCGGCAACAUCUACUCGCGUAUCAUGAACCCUACCGUGGAUGUGUUCGAGAAGCGUAUUGCGGCGCUCGAAGGUGGUGUCGCUGCUUUGGCGGCCUCGUCCGGACAGGCCGCUCAGUUUAUGACCAUUGCCGCUUUGGCCCACGCCGGCGACAACAUCGUCUCCACAUCCAACCUUUACGGAGGUACCUACAACCAGCUCAAGGUCUUCCUGCCGCGUCUGGGCAUCACCACCAAGUUCAUCAACGGCGACAAGGCCGAGGACUUCAAGGCCGCCAUUGAUGACAAGACCAAGGCCAUCUACAUCGAGUCUAUUGGCAACCCACGAUACAACGUGCCGGACUUUGAGGCCAUUGCCAAGGUCGCACACGAGGCUGGCGUGCCGGUCGUUGUUGACAACACCUUCGGUGCCGGUGGCUUCUUUGUGCGCCCGCUCGACCACGGCGCCGACAUUGUCGUGCACAGUGCCACCAAGUGGAUCGGUGGCCACGGUACCACCAUUGGUGGUGUUGUCGUAGAUGGAGGCAAGUUCGACUGGGGCAGUGAAGGUGCGCGCAAGCGAUUCCCUCAAUUCACCCAGCCUUCGGACGGCUACCACGGCCUGAAAUUCUUCGACACCUUCGGGGCCAUCACCUUCAUCAUCCGCCUGAGAGUGGAGAUUCUCCGCGAUCUCGGCUCUGCCUUGAGUCCCUUCGCGGCCCAACAGCUGAUCCUCGGUACCGAGACCUUGAGCUUGCGUGCUGAGCGCCACGCGAGCAACGCCAUCGCUCUGGCCAAGUGGUUGGAGAAGAACGAGAACGUCGCCUGGGUCAGCUACCCAGGCCUCGAAAGCCACGCAAGCCACGAGUUGGCCAAGAAGUACCUCAAGCGUGGUUUCGGCGGUGUCCUCUCCUUCGGUGUCAAGGGUGGCGGAACCGCUGGUUCCCAGGUCGUCGACGGCUUCAAGUUGAUCUCCAACUUGGCCAACGUUGGUGACGCCAAGACCCUCGCGAUCCACCCGUGGAGCACCACCCACGAGCAGCUCAGUGAUGAGGAGAAGACCAACAGCGGUGUGACUGAGGACCUUAUCCGGAUAUCAGUUGGUAUCGAGCACAUUGACGACAUCAUCGCCGACUUCGAGCAGUCGUUCAAGAGCGCGGCUACGAAACCCGAGGAGAAGGCGGCGACUGGAAACGCUGAGAACACUGGAGACGCUUCGGCACCGACCACCAACACGGUCUAA